AUGAAAAAGGAAAUUUUAAAAUUCUUAUUCCUCGACUUAAAAAAUAAUAAACAAUCAUUAACAAACUUUUAUAAAAUAUUAAACAAAGAAUAUAUAUGUGGAGAAAUACAUAAAAAUUUGCUUUUGAAUCCUGAUGAAAAAUCCUCUUUCCUUUAUUUUGAGAUAAGACAGAAUGAUGUAAUACUUGGAUUUAAAGACACAAAUAAUCAGUUAUACCAAAAAUUAGUAAACAUAAAAGAUAAAAAAAUAUUUGGCCAACACAAAACAAAAAAUGAAGAAAAUAUUGCCAAUUUAAUUAAAGAUAUAAAAAAUUAUUCAUAUAUACAAGGAGGAGCAUUAGUAUCAUUUCAUAAAAAGCUACUUAAGGAUUUUAUAACUUUACAGUUAGAGAAUUUUAAGGAGAUAGGAGAAUGA